GAAGGGGCGGGGCCGCGCAGGGGCAGGGCCGAGGCCGCCUCUGCGGCGGUCUCUUCUAGCUUCAGAGAGACGCGGAGCAGCCCAGGGCCGCAGCCAUGGCUGGGGAGCAGGGAACUCCUAUGUCCGAUGAGCCACCUUCUCCACCCGCUAAAAUCGGUUCCGGCGUGGAGGAGGGAGCUGCCGCCUAUCCGGCAGGCGAUGGCUACGACCCCAAGUGCGUGUUCUGUCGGAUCGCUCGGCAGGAGGAGCCCGGCACCCAACUGCUUCCCUGCGAGCCUGAAGACCUGGUUUGCUUUCAAGACAUCAGACCUGGGGCUCCACACCAUUAUCUUGUGGUGCCAAAGAAGCAUAUUGGAAAUUGCAAAACCCUAAAGAAAGAAGAUUUACCCUUAGUGGAGAAAAUGAUUACUGUUGGAAAAACCGUUCUUCAGCAGAAAAAUGUCACUGACCUGAGUGAUGUGAGAAUGGGUUUUCAUUGGCCUCCAUUCUGUUCCAUAGCUCACUUGCACCUUCAUGUCCUGGCACCAGCCAGUCAGCUAGGUUUUUUAUCCAGAUUGGUUUAUAGACUCAACUCAUACUGGUUCAUCACAGCUGAUCAACUGAUUGCAAGACUACAGGCUAGAAGUGCUACCAGUUGAAGAGUUGUCUUGAUCUUGGCUCACAGUAAAUUUAAAACUUCGGUGCUUAGGAAUUGUAAAGCUUGAUGUGUUUAGGAACAGGCCAUCCGGAGCAGUAUAGAAUCUUCUGCUAUGAAAAGAUAUAAGAGCCUAGGUUUGAAUCUUAAUGAGUCAUGUGAUCACAGUUCACAUAAACACUUACUUAACCUUGGGAAUGAUUUAAUGGAGAAUGUCUACUACAUAAAACAUUACAGGUAAAAUCACAUUAAAACUUAAAGAAGGCUUCUGUAUACAUACACAAUAAGUUAUUUUUCAUUUCUGAAUAGAUAACUUCUAACUAAUGUCCAUUUUUACACCCACUUUUAUUAUUUAUUAGGUACUUGUAAGUUACUUUUUGUAAUAAUAGUGCCUGGUUAUGUGCUGUUUGACAGGAUAGGAAAGGAAAGUAGAUGUAAACCAAGUUUUUAUUCCCAGUUCUGUUUUCUAAUUCAGUAAUAGCUAUUUCCUAACCCCUUUAACUUUCAUUCCACUUAAAUAUUAUUUUCAUAUACAGACAGAAUAUCGCCUAAGGAUUCCAGUAACUUGAAUUAGAAAGGGUUGUUUUGUGUGUAACACCAUUUAUCUUUCUAGUGGAUCAGAGUGCUUCCCACUUUUUAAACUUCAGUUUUUCUCCAGAUAGUUCAUCUUCAGCUUCUUAAGGCUGUUACCAUGAUUUCUAGCAAUGUACUCAUUAAUUUUUUUAAAUUAGAUAUUACAAUGCUCAUUAUAAUAUUCAUUAUAAUGGAUGAGAUUUUAUGUAUAAUGAUAUGGAUUAGGGAACAAAUCCUUAUAUAAAUUGAUGAUAUGAAUAUAUUUAAGUUGGUGAACUGUUUUUAAUGACAAUUUUUUCUUCUACUUGAGGGAAGUUGAAUCAAAAAUGAAUAAAUUUCUUCUUUCUGUGCUGCUGUUUCCAACUGCCCUAUCAUCUCCCCCUCUCUCAAUAUGCUUAGGAUUUAUAGAAAUAGUAAAGUAAAACAUGGGAUCUUGUUUGAUGCCUUUAAAAUUAAUGAGAACCAAAGUGGUGUAAUGGAUGGAGGACUGGCCUUAGAAAUAUACCUGCCUAUUAAUUUAUGUUAGUUGCAUGACUAUGGGCAAAUCACUUACAUUCCCCCUUGAGAAGUUCCCUGUACAACUCUCUAAGAUAAAAUUUAAAGAUAUGUUUCCUGGUUGCAUUGGUAGACUUUCCAUCUUAGCAGUUCCCUAUAUCGAUGAAAUCAUAGGUCUGGCAAAAAAAAAAAAAAAAAAUCCUAUUCUUGGUAGUUUAUUUCAUUGGGUACAUUGCUGGAAAAAAGGAAGUGCCAUUGUCUUGGUUCAAGUCAAUUUUAGCACAAAUCUUUCUAGUUUACAUUCAAAAUGGUGAGUAAGAGUGAAUAGUAGUGUAUUGUUUCCAAAGAAUUAUAAUACUAUAUGAUGAAUAUAAAUGCAUAUGCAAGAAUUAGGGCCUGUGUUGAAAUGGGAUGGUAUUUAGUCUUCUCUAGAUGUUUGUCUACUUGUUACUAAAGAAGCAUUACUUUUAAUUAAUGAAAUAUUUAUAAUUUGAUAUUUUCUGAAGAUAACUUAGUGAAGGAUGUAAUUCAUUUUAAGUCAUAUUUUCCAUUAUUUUUGUUAGUUCAAGGAUGAAAUGAGCUUUAGUUACUGGACUUUGAAGACUUGGGAAUAGACUCAUGGAUUGUAUACUAUAGAUUUAGAGAAUGUUUGAAUUUGAAGAAAUUUUAGAUAUCAUCUGAUUUAACCUCCUCUUUGGAAAUUGAGGUUCAGAACAGUUAAUUGACCUGUCAGUGUCACAUAGCAAGAUGUGUAAUGGCAGAAGAAGAACUAGAACUGGGUCUUCCAAGUUCUUCAUUAAUCCAUUAGCUUGAACUAAAAGUAGCAAAUGUUUUGACCUGGCUUUCUGGAGAGAGCUCAUAGUAAACCUUUCUUUUUCUUGGAUACACUGUCAGUGUCUUUCUCUUACUAAAUUACCUGACAAGAGAAGAGCUUUGUACUUGUGGUUCAUCUUUUUGGCACUUUGCCAGGUUCUUUAACUUAGUGGUUUAAUGGAUUCCAAUGAUCUUAACUAGAUAUACAUGUUUAACAGAUAAUGAUGAAGUGCUGUUACACAGUUUUAUAGAUUUUUCCAAGUAGUCUAAACUUCUAAAUAGUCCAUUGAUGUGUGCACAAUAACUUUCAGAUAACAUUUUUUUUCUCCUCCCAAAUGGAAACCACAAGGAAAAUGAGGAAAAACAUUUUUAUUAGAAACCCAUUAUGAUAUUUGCUGCCAGAAGCUAAUGUUUUUUGGUUUACUAAACUUUUCACUUGGCCUUUUCAGUAAAGUAGAUUCAGUAAAGAAGCUAUCUUCAAGAUUUGGCAAGCAAAAUAAUAAUAAUUUGUAAGCUUUUGUAAAAAUGUUGUGAUAGUAUUGAAGACAUUAUUUAUGAAGAUUGUGGUACUUUGUAACUACUGAAUUGUAAGAUAUGUUAGAUUAUUAGUAAUGAGCCACAUAAAAUAAUGUGAGAAGAAACGUAAGUAAAAAUUAAAAACACUUUAUGUUGUCA